AUGUCUGGACCUUUACCACAAGGAUUGACACAACGGCUGGAUUCAAAUCAAAAUCGGUAUUAUGGUAUUGAUCCUGUUAAUAAGAAAACCAUCUGGGAUGAUCCACCUCAACAAUCUAAAGUUAUUCAACCCCAAUUGCAACAACAGAACAUUGUAAAUGCCAUUCCUGUUGGAAAUGGUCAACUUCAACAACAACCACAGCUGCAACAAAAGAAUAUUAUAAAUGCCAUUCCUCACAUCGGUAAUGCUAUUUCCGCCGGCGGACAAUAUCAACAAAUAUUUCAAUAUCAACAAAAGACUAAUGACGGUAUUCAAACAUCGUGGUCAUAUACUAUGGUGGGUAAUGGUGGUAUACCGGUGACUGGAAAUACUGUUAAUGGGAAUCAACAGCCAGCGCAAAGCAUGAACAUAUCACAAGCUAAUCAUGCAGGUUAUGUUAAUCAUAUGGGAAAUGUUAAUUAUAUAGGUCAUGCUAAUUAUACUGGCAAUCCUAAUUAUACGAGCCGUCCUAAUUAUACAGGCCAUCCUAAUUCUAAUUAUACGGGCUAUCCUAAUCAAACGGGUCGUGUUAAGUAUACGAGACAGCCUAGUAAUACGAAUAUCUUUGAACAAAUUGGUCCAAUAGAUAAAUUUUCGAAAAAAUCUCAAGGCUUUAUUAAUUCAAUUAUGUCAAGUCUUAGCAAAGGUAGUAAAAUGAAAGUUGGGCUAGGUGGCGUUUCGACGGGAGGUUCUGGAAUGGGAAACAAUGGAAUUGGAAGAGGAAACAACAGGUUUGGGAUGAGAAAUACCGGGUUUGGGAGGGGAAAUACCGGUAUUAGGAUGGGGAAUACUGGUAUUGGAAUGGGAAAUACUGGUAUUGGAAUGGGAAAUACCGGUGUUGGGAUGGGAAUUACCGGUGUUGGGAUGGGAAAUAAUGGUGCUGGAAUGGUAAAUAAUGGUGUUGGAAUGUGUAAUAACGGUGUUGGAAUGGGAAAUAAUGGUGUUGGAAUGGGAAAUAACGUCAUUGGCAUAGUAAAUAAUGGCGUUGGAAUGGGAAAAAAUGGUGUUGGAAUGGGAAAUAAUGGUGUUGGGAUAGGAAACAAUAGUGUUGGGAUGGGUAACAGCGGUAGAGGGGGAAGCAUUAAUAGAGGGGGAGGAAGCAUUAAUAGAGGGGGAGGAAGCAGUAAUAGAGGGGGAGGAAGUAGUAAUAGAGGGGGAGGAAGUAGUAAUAGAGGUGGAGGAAGCAGUAAUGGAGGAAGAGGUGGCAUACUUGGAGCUGGAGGAGGACAAGUGUUGAAUUCCCUCUUACAUCACGGAAAUUCUCAGCAAAGUCAUCAUGAAAAUUCUCAGCAAAGUCACCAUGGAAAUUCUCAGCAAAGUCACCAUGGAAAUUCAAAUCACCAUGGAAUAUUUCAUCACAACCACCAUGGAAUUUUACACCACAACCACCAUGGAAUUUUUCAUCAUAACCAUCAUGAAAGUUCUCACCAAAAUUAUCAUGAAAGUUCUCAACAAAGUCAUCCUGGAAGUUCUUACCAAAGUCACCAUGGAAGUUUUCACCAAAGUCAUCAUGGAAAUUCCCAGGAUCAAGUGUGUGUUCAAAAUGAAAUAGAUGGACAUAAUAAUUAUCAAGAUGGGGAUUAUCACGCCAACCAAGACCAAGACGGUUAUCAAUACGACCAAGAUGGUAGCUAUCAAAACGGUAACUAUCAAGACAGUGACUAUCAAGGUGGUGAUAAUCAACAUCAAGACAGUGGCUAUCAAGGCGAUUAUCAAUACGGUCAUGAUGGUGGCUAUCAAGGAAGUGAUUAUCAAAGCGGUUAUCAUGAUAACUAUCAUGACCAUUAUCAAGACAAUUAUCAAGACAGCUACGGCAAUUAUCAUGGUGGAUAUGAUCAACAUAAUUUUGAUGAUUCGGGAGGAAUGUAUGAUAUGAGUUCAUUACAUAACGCUUUGGAUGAUGGUGGUUUUGAUCACCAUGGUGGUGGAGACUUUGGUGGUGGAGAUUUCGGCGGAGAUUUCGGUGGAGAUUUCGGUGGAGAUUUCGGUGGAGAUUUCGGUGGAGAUUUCGGUGGAGAUUUCGGUGGAGAUUUUGGUGGAGAUUGUGCUGGAGAAUUUUAA